UGAGGUAAGUAGCAAAGGAUGAAGGGAAAGAUUGGUGACAUAAGUGGUGGGUGGGUAGGUGGUGAAACCACUUCUUUUAGACUUGUCCCUAUCCUUCAUUUCUGUUCCCCUUAGCUGCCACUUACAGUCUUUUCCUUGCAUUCCUUUUACCCUCUACUCUAAUUUUUCAGUUGUAUUCUUUUUCACUCCAUCCUGACAACACAGCAGCAAAUACCCUGUGUCUACUGCUAUUUGUCCUGGCCGGAUUCCUUCCAACCUUAGUCAAGCCUGUAAAGUUGGUUCAUGCUCAGUUUCUUAAGUACCAUGUGAUGGCUGUUCUUGGCUGUCAACUUGACUACAUCUGGAAUUAACUAAAUCCUGGAAAUAGAGGGCACGCCAGUGAGAGAAUUUUGUUUAAUUCAAAAUGGAAAGAUCUACUUCUAAUCUGGAUCUUUGAGGUAGGAAAACUAACCUUUAAUCCAGAUCCUGAGUUGGGAAAACACACCUUUAAUCCAGAUCUGACUUGGGCCUCCACUGGAAGCCUGUUUAAGGAAGGACAUGAAGAAGGAAGCUUUUGCUUUUUGCCUGCUUGCUCUUGUCCUGCUAGCAAGUCCAUUCCUUCACUGGCAUUAAAAUAAUGCCACCUUCUUCCUGGUACAGCCAGAGAGAGCUCUUGAGUCUUCCCUGUACCUUCUGUGCAACUUGAUUUGCCUGAGAUCGAUCAGUGUGACCUUUUGUCCUGAACUGCGCAGAGCCAUGCGGGCUUGGAGAGCGACCCCGGCCUCCCUUCCUCCCCCUGCCAGGUCUCCAUUGCUGCACGUGAGCCUUUCUCUGCUGGUAACCAUUCUUCACAGGAACGUUGCUAACUACCUUCUCUGUGGCCGACGGUGUUUGCAGUAAAGGAAAAGAAGAAAAGAGGAACAGAAGAGAGCAACCUAAGUAACAUUUACUGGGAAGGAAAAGGCAAAAUGAAGGUGACAAUGGUGAAUCUGUUGUUUAUGAUGUUGCUGCUGCUGCUGGGCCUGGGCCUGGGCCUGGGCCUGGGCCUUCACAUGGCUGCUGCCGUCUUGGAGGAGAAUGAUAAGCCACUGGGUGAGUUUUGGCCCGGUGAUCCCCAGGACACAGCUGAGGCCACUGAAGAGGGAAAGGGCUCCUGGACCACAGAAGCCCUGGUGCUUGGCUACAAAGAAAUGGUACAACCCGUCUGGCCAGAAGAGACUGCCCUUAAUGAAGAUGAGGUUGGUGGAAGCAGGAUGCUGAGGGCUGAGGCGCUCUCUCAGAGCAAACAAGACUACCUUAGGUAUGACUUCAGUAGUAGAGACUGUAAUACCCUGAUGGCACACAAGCUGAAGGAGCACAAUCAGAGUUGCCUAGGCCAGUACACAUUCAUCCACGAGGAACCCAGCACCGUCAAAGCCGUCUGUAACAGUCCCGUGGUUGACUGUGACCUCAAGGGUGGCAAGUGUCACAAAAGCUCCCGUCCUUUUGAUCUGACGGUGUGCAAGUUGUCCAAACCAGACCAAGUCACUCCCAACUGCCAAUAUCUGACUUACAUAAUUGAAAAGGUCGUUGUCAUAGCAUGCAAAGAAGAUACUAUGUAAGCAACUGGAGGUUAAAUGAAGCAACUCUUCCUCUCAUUGUCUCUCUUCUUUUGCGUUUCCAUCUGCUGGCGUUUCUGACCCCCACUUGGGUGCAUUAACUACAGGGAAGAUCUUGGGAAGAGAGGAUGGACCCUUGCUGAUCUUUGUCUUCUGAAAAUAUAAUUAUUCUUUGCAUUAGAGGUCAUCUAACUUGCAUUUUGUUCUGGGGUCAGGAAUGGCAACGUAAUAAUGCCUAGUCUCUCCCAGAUGCCUCACCUUCAGUCCCUGCCCUGCAAAGGCCAAGCUCUAGACCCUACCUUAGCCGUGGUCGUCAGCCUGACCCUGGACGAAGCACACCUCGGGCAUGGGCUGGAAGAGCUUAAUGUCUCUUUAACCCUCUUUUCCUGCUACCCGCAUGAGGCCUCUGUGGUAACCACAGACUCCUGGGCCUCUCGCAGAGCAAUGAGCUUUUCUGCUGCAGAUGCAAUUAAAGCGACUCUAGUCUGCAAAGCCAUGUGGUUAGGUUUCUCUUGCUGAGCCUGGAAAAUUACAGAGCCUGCUCAUUAGGUGGCAUAGGGUGUAAGCCAGACGAAUAAGAGCUUGAGUAAGGACCCAUUUUUCCUCACCUUUCCCCAUCCCCUGUUCCUUUCCUCUUAUUUUCAUAACCUUCCUCUUUUCUUUUUCCUUUGUUUCCUUCCUCUAUGGUAUUUUUCUGUGUUCUCCUUUUCUUUUACCUUUUCUUUUUGGGUCCUCGUUUCUGCAGGUUUUUGUUUGUUUAUUUUUGCCAGCCAGCCAGCAUGUGGUGUUUGAGCUAUAGUGGGUAAGCAAAUGCUGGUCCCGUAGCCUGAGUCUGGCAUAAGGAGUUUGAGAUUAGGUGGGAGUGGGGAGGCUGUUCUGGGUUGUCAACUUGACUACAUCUAAAAUGAACUACAACCCAAGCAGCCGGUCAUACUCUGAUAGAUUUUUCUUAAUUAAAUCAUUUGAAAUGGGAAGAGCCACUUUUGAUCUAGGCCACAUCUCUUUGUGAUAGCCUAUACAAAGGACAUGGAAGAAGGAAGCUCUCUCUUUUUGCCUGCUUGCCCACACUCUUGCUGACAAUUUUGUUCCUUGAUUGGCAUCAGAAUAUGCUUCUUUGGGAUUCCACUGUAUACUGUUGACCAUCUGAGACUUUGGGAUUUGCCAGAUCCACACAUUCCCCUUAUCCUGCCUCUACUUACUAUACUUCAGCUAGAUAUUGGUCAGAGUUCUGUUACUGUCAUAAAAUACCUGAGAAGUAACUUAAAAGGAGGAAGCAUUCACUUUGGGUCCUCUGGAAAAGCAGCAAGUGCUUGCUACUGAGCAAUCUCUCUAGUUCCCACAAUUUUGCUUUUUUAAACUCCCAAAGAUUCCAAGUUCCAAAUAGCAUAGGCCUCAAAAGUUUCAGGUAAGAGACAGCCGAUAGUAUAUAUGUAUACACACACACAUUUAUAGGUCAGUGAUGAUCUAUUCAGUGAUUAUCCAUCCAGCACCUCCUCAGGAGUUAUAAUAAUUACAGUGAAACAUAAACCCCCUUCAGAGAACUGAGAGGUUCUCAUUCCUGUCAAACACUAUAUAAGCAAUAUUCAAAGGGCUUCAAGUCUUCCCUUUCUAAGACAGCAGGAAGAAAACUACCAUUGUACAUCAGGCACACUCCUGUAAGCUGUCCUUGGGUCAUUUGGUUUUUUUUAAAAAUUACAUUUAACAGAAAAGUAACAAGCUCACAGAGGCCCCACUGCAUCAGUGACUUCUCUGUUGUUGCUGUGACAAAAUGCCCAGUGCUAGACAUUAUAAAGAAAAAAAUGUUUAUUUAGUUCACAAUUUGAGAGACUGAAAACCCAAGUUUGGGUGUGGUGUUUGAUCUGGUUGUGGUGUAUCGUUCGGGUGUGGUAUCUGAGUGAGGCGCCUCCACAGUCUUGGGCCACUUGGUGGCACUGUUUGGGAAGGACAUCAUUGGAAGCAGCCACUGAGAUUAAAAGCCUCAGGCCACUUCUAGUUCGCUCUCUCUGAUGCCCGUGCCUGAGGAUAUGAGCGCUCUGCUUCCUGCUCCUCCAACCACACCUGCUGUUUCCUGCCAUGCCUUCCCAGCACUGCGGGCUCUUUUCCUCUCUGCAACCGUAAACCCCAAUAAACUCUUUAUUAUUUAAGUUUCUUCUGGUCUUGUGUUUUGGCACAGAGACAGAAAAGUAGCUAAGAUGCUGAGAAGCUCCAUCAGUUCAGCCUCUGGUGAGGGUUCCUUCAGGGUCACAACACGAUAAGUGACAUCAUGGUACAAAAGAGAGGAACAUAACAAAGACAGGAAGCUAGAGACCGUGAAGCAGAAAGCUUUGCUCUUUUAUAAUAACCUAGUCUCGUGAGGACAAAUGUCUCCGUAGGACCAGCACUGACCCUUUCAGGAGCAGCACCUCCAGUGACCUAACUUACCUCUCACCAGACCUUACCUUCCCCUUAGAGGCUCUUCAGCCUCAUAGCCCCGAAGAGCAAGCCUGUAUCACACAUGAACACUUCAGGAAAAAUCCACACCAAAACCAUAGUUCCAUCUUCUGUUAGCCAAGA